AUGGAUUUUCUUCAUUUGCUGUUUGAGUGGAUUGAACUCACUUGUGUUUGGAGAAUCAAGGAACAUUCUUUGAAAUGCCUCUCAGACCCAUCUUGGAUGCUGAUUACUUACUGCACCAAAGCCUUCACUAGGUUUUGUACUAAAUCAGUCAUUUCAUAUGCAUUAUAUCAAGUAAAAACAGGUGAUUUACCUGUUUACAUUAGUAUACUAACAAAUUACCCCUUGCAGCUUCACACUGGUAUCUGUAGACUUAUAGUGCAAAUUCAGCACCUGAAUAUUCCAAGUAGUUGUAUGCAUAGCACACCUUUCUUAAACCAGUUGGGCACAGAGGACAGGUAGGUAGGUGGCAUUGUACAGAAGCUGCAAACAAGUAGUAGGCUCUUUGUUCGUUGAUUUCUUUCCCCAGAUAAUGGAUUUUAAAUCUCUAUAUACCUAGUUGAAAUUUCUUUAUUACAAUUAAUACUUCAACUGAGCUGCUGUUUUCUUCCAUGCAAUAUUAUAUACUCAAUUGUGUUUAGGAGAAACUGGUGAGAGCACCCUCCUACAUAAGCAGUUGCAGUGUUUUGCAUGCAAAAUUUUAAGAAAUUAAAUUGUCCUGAUUCUAUUUUGUAAAUGGAGAAACAAUCAUAUCUUUCUAAGCAGUAACGGAAGAAAACUAGUGCUUUGUGCAUUUUGAUAUAUUUGAGUUCAUUUUUUCCACAGUAUAAUACUUUUGACAUAAUUGGGUUUCUCAUAUUAUCCCAGUUCAUGUACAUCCGAAUGCUAAAUAAUACUGUGUUUAAGUUUUGUGUUGCAAGAACAAAUGGAAUAAACUUGAAUUGUGCUACA